UUUUUUCUUCUAGGGAAGACAAAUUACACAUUUCUACAUGAACUCAUUAGCUCCUUAUUACCUGAAUCAUGUCGAGACGUCAUCAGCACAAAAGAUCGCAAGGUGGUGACGCUAGCCUCCGGGUUAAAGGUCAUGUGUGACACCAAGACAGACGGCGGUGGAUGGAUCAUCUUUCAGAGAAGAAUCAACGGAAAAGAUUUCUAUAGAGGCUGGAAGGAGUAUCGUGACGGCUUUGGAGAUUACAACAUUGGUGAAUUUUAUCUGGGAAAUGAGAAUAUUUUUAAGCUAACUUCUACAGGACAAUAUGAUUUGAGAAUUGAUUUAAAAUAUAACAACAUAAAAUAUUUUGCGAAGUAUGAAAACUUUAAAAUAUUGAGUGAGACUGAGAAAUAUAAACUGAAGAUAGGAGACUAUUCAGGAAAUGCUGGAGAUGACUUAUCAGUUCAUAACAACAUGUACUUUAGUACUUUUGAUAGAGAUAACGAUAUAAGCAGUUACUUAAACUGUGCAGUCUUUAGUUUAGGUGCCUGGUGGUAUGAAGAUUGUCAGCGUUCUAAUCUAAAUGGUCAAAGGGGAAGUACAUCAUAUGCCAAGGGAAUGAACUGGGCUCAAUUAACUGGAUGGUCUAACAGUGUUUCUUUUAGCGAGAUGAAAAUAAGAGAGAAAAAAUAAAACGAACAUUUUGAUCAACAGUCAUACCCCAGAGAGUAAAGGAGACGCCC